GUCGGUUGAAACCGGCGGAUCUCGAUGAUUGUUCUCUAUUCUCGGUGUCUGAAUUCUUACUCUAAUCUUUUUAUGAAUAAUUUACGAGUCAGUGUUCCUUCGUCAUAGAAAACAGCUCCCCGCAAUUCAGUAUGGCUCUAGAUGGCAUCAGCUCGGCCUCGGCAUUACUUCUGCUUCCACCCCCACCAUCAGCUUCGUUCGAGCAGUGCAGGAGUGUGUACGAAUCGAUCUUGUCGACGUCUUUCUCCAAACUUGCCGGACUCAAUGGUACCAACCACAUAGCCAUUUUGGACAUUGCGCUCUUUCUUCCCGGACUUCAAGCACCCACAUGUCAGCCUCGCGCGAAGGUAUUCCAAAGUCUUCAAUGUUUGCUAGCAAACAUCUACAGGCUCAUUGGCAUAGUCUCCGUGGAAAGCGAUAUUCAGCUGGAUGGUCCUGGUGGCAUCGAUGUGCGAGUCAUUCUGCUUGACAUGGAUUCCAUCCACCCUUCCGGGAAGAGUUCCCUCCAGGCUUCACAAAUGGGACCCAUCCUAGAUCUGCAAACCCUUGCGACAUCAGCUCGUCUAUGGGAUCGAAUCUAUUAUCCCGAUAAUCAAGUAGGUCAGAAUUUAGCAACGGCCUUCAGUAGUAUCUAUUCUCAGACCAAAGACCCCAAUUCCGGACCUCUGCAAUCGAUUCCCGGUGUCUCCAAUUGGGCCUCAGCGGAAUCAAUUGUGGUGCCUGAGGAUUCACGGGGGAGCUCAACGCAUCACUCAGUCAUUGUAGGGGGCACCUUCGACCACUUCCAUAUUGGACACAAGCUUCUACUCACGGCUAUGGCGUUGGUCUUGGAUCCCGUUCAAUACACUAACCCGAGGAAAGAGGCGCUUCUGACGAUUGGCGUCACUGGCGAUGAACUACUAGUGAACAAGAAAUAUGCCGAGUGCCUGGAAAGCUGGGAUGAGCGGUGUGAAAGUGCUGCGUCCUUUUUGACGGCCAUCAUGGACUUCUACCCUCCCGACAAGAGCGCCACACAUACCGAGCGGGUCACACAGCCAGGACCCAAUGGAAAAUAUAUUCUGAUGAUCAUCCGACCUGGAUUAACACUGAAACUUGUACAGAUUUCCGACCCUUUUGGACCUACGAUCACCGAGGAGAACAUUAGCGCCAUCGUGGUCUCUCAAGAGACUCGCUCGGGAGGUGCCGCGGUCAAUGAUGAACGUGCAAAGAAGGGUUGGAAGAGCCUCGAUGUGUUUGAGAUUGAUGUGCUACAUACUAAAGACGUACCAUUGACUGAUUGCGGAAAUUUUGCGUCCAAAAUCAGCAGCACGGAUAUCAGACGGCAGCGGCUGGAACAAGCCAAGAAAUAAGCCAGUGUGAUCGAUUGGCUAGACGCGGGAAAUUGCCUUUUAAUAGCUUGACCUAUGCAGCCAUCAGUUAUUCGUCACGGACAUUUUCUUUUUUUUUUAUGGAGACUUUUUUUUCCUCCCCACGGAUUUGGAGAACUCAUUACUUGUACAUACCUACCUUCCCUACCUACUACCCUACACCACGUCAACAAUGAUUAGUUCUUCCCUGGGGUGUCCAUAUAUCCCGCUAGGAUUGGGGAAAAUAACGGGGCGCCAAUGAGGCUAUCCGGAUUCAUGUAAAAGCGUCUUUUCUUAUCCAAUCCUUGUUCAUGUAUAGAGAACGGUGGUAAUAAUUCCGAGUGUUUCCAUUUUCCCCCUUCCCCCCUCUUUCCUCAAUGAUUUAUUAUUAUUUCCUUGCUAUAUCACUGUUGAUGAGUUGUUCCAUCGGCCUUUGGUGAAGUCAUUGGAAAAGAGGGAUCUU